AUGGCAUACGGUCUUCCCAUUUCCCAGGAGGUGGCCAAGGAGCUGGCCGAGAACGCAAGAAAGAUUGCGUCCCCGGGCAAGGGUAUUCUGGCGGCUGAUGAGUCUACUGGGACGAUCAAGAAGCGUUUCGACAGCAUCGGCGUGGAGAACACGGAAGCAAACCGUGCGUUCUACCGUGACUUGCUGUUCAGCACCAAGGGCCUUGGCCAGUACAUCAGUGGUGCAAUCCUUUUCGAAGAGACUCUGUACCAGAAGAGCCCGUCCGGAGUCCCCAUGGUCGAUCUGUUGAAGGCCGAGGGUAUCAUCCCGGGUAUCAAGGUUGACAAGGGCCUGGAGACCAUUCCCCUCACUGACGACGAGAAGGCCACCAUGGGUCUCGAUGGCCUCUCUGAGAGAUGCAAAAAGUACUACGAGGCUGGCGCGCGCUUUGCCAAGUGGCGUGCGGUCCUCAGCAUCGAUCCCGCGAAGGGAAAGCCCUCGAACCUGUCUAUCAUCGAAGUCGCUCACGGCCUCGCACGCUACGCAGCAAUCUGCCAGGCCAACCGACUCGUGCCCAUUGUUGAGCCCGAAAUCCUUACAGACGGUAGCCACGACAUCUCUGUGUGCGCCGAAGUCACUGAGCGCGUGUUGGCCGCAGUUUUCAAGGCCCUGAACGAUCACCAUGUCCUCCUGGAGGGCGCGUUGUUGAAGCCCAACAUGGUUACUCAGGGAUCUGAGUGCCCAAAGCAAUCUUCCCACGAGGAGGUCGCCUUCUACACAGUUCGCAGCCUGAAGCGCACGGUCCCCCCUGCGCUCCCCGGUGUGAUGUUCCUUUCCGGAGGUCAGUCCGAGGAGGACGCAUCGCUCAACCUGAAUGAGAUGAACAAGAUGGGCCCACACCCAUUCCAACUCUCCUUCUCCUACGGCCGGGCUCUGCAGGCAUCCUGCCUGAAAGCCUGGAAGGGUGUCUCGGAAAACAAGGCUAAGGCUCAGGAGGUGCUCCUCGAGCGUGCACGCGCCAACAGCGAAGCGCAACUCGGUAAAUAUGGCGGCGGUGCAGGCGGCGCGGCCGCAGCGUCUUCCCUUUUCGAGAAGCGCUAUGUGUACUAA